AUGUCAUUAAGUAAAGUUCCGAAACAAAUAGGUACCGUACAUACUUUUGGUUUCAAUUUAACUGCUUUUGAGUUUGAUAACAAUAAAGUUAAAGAUGGCAAUUCAGAUAAGAUUGUAUUAUUUAUUGGUGGACUAUCAAAUGGUUUAUUGAAUAUUCCAUAUUUACCAAUUUUAGCUCAAGCUCUUGAAUCAGAAGAAUGGAGUUUAGCUCAACUUUUACUAUCAUCUGCUUAUACAGGAUAUGGAAUCACAGGUUUAGCAAAUGAUACGGAGCAGAUUGACCAAGCUGUGAAAUAUUUUAAAUCACCAGAGGGUGGUCACAGGAAAAAAAUAGUAUUAAUGGGUCAUUCAACAGGUUGUCAAAAUGUAUUACAUCAUAGUUUACAUGGUAAGGAAAAAGUAAAUGGUAUAAUUUUACAAGCUCCUGUAUCUGAUCAAGAAGCAAUUAUAAAUAAAGUAGAUCCCAAAGAAUAUGAAAAUUUAAUAAAAGAAGUUCAAGAUGAAUAUAUUUCAAAAGACAAAUCUAAUGAACUUUUACCAGAAAAAUUUAGAAAAAUUAAUUGGGGAAUACCUAUAACUGCAUAUAGAUUCAAUUCAUUAUAUAAUAAAAGAGGUGAUGAUGAUUUUUUUUCAUCAUAUUUAAAAGAUGAAGAAUUUAAUAAUACUUUUGGUAAAGUUCAAAUACCUAUACUAGUAUUGUAUUCCGGUAAUGAUCAAUUUGUUCCUAAAUCAAUUGAUAAGAAUGAAUUAUUAUCAAAAUUUAAAAAAGCAACUCAAUCUCAAUUUUGGAAUAAAAAUAGUAAAAUUAUUGAAGGUGGUAGUCAUAAUUUGGGUGAUGAUUCACGAAGAAAAGAUGUUAUAAAUGAGUUGAUUGAUUCAGUACUUGGAUUUAUAGAAUCAGCAAUUUAA